AUGUCCGCGCUCGGCCGACUCCCCCGCGCCCUCUCCGCGCUCGGCCGAACAUCUUCACAACACCUCUCCCGCUCUAUCACAACCACCCCCGUCGCCCACCGCCGCGUGCCCCACGAGCGCGUCGCCAUCGUGACCGGCGCAGCCCGCGGCAUCGGCCGAGCCAUCGCCUUACGUCUCGCCCAGGACGGCUACCACAUCACUGCCUCCGACCUACCCGCACUCCAGCCGCAGCUCGACACCCUCGUGUCCGAAAUCAACAAUACCAACAACGAUGCCUCCACACCCGUCCCAGUCCGAGCCCAUGCCUUGCCAGCGGACGUCACCUCGCCCGAGCAAGUCGCUGCGCUGGUCCGCGGCUCGACCGACACCCUCGGCCCGCUCGACACGAUGGUGGCCAACGCGGGCAUCGCCCAGGUCAAGCCGCUGCUGGACCUGACGCCGGAGGACUUUCGUCGCAUGCUGGAUGUCAAUGUCGCUGGCGUGCAUCACUGCUUCCAGGCCGCGGCCAAGCAGAUUAUUGCGCAGAGCGGAGGCCAGAGCGGCACAGAGACGGAGAGUGGAGGCGACAGUCCCAUCCGUGGCCGGCUGAUUGCGGCCGCCAGCAUCGUCGCUUUCAAGCCGUUCGCCCUGCUCGGCCACUACAGCGCCAGCAAGUGGGCGGUGCGUGGGCUCAGUCAGGUGUACGCCAUGGAGCUGGCCAAGCACCGCAUCACGGUGAAUGCCUAUGCCCCCGGGAUCGUGGAUACUGCCAUGUGGGAGUUGAUUGACCAGGGGUUGGGUGAGAAGGCUACGGCGGAGAGCGAGGGCCGGCGGCAGGUUGCCAAGGGCGAGAUGAUUAAGAAGUACAGCGAUGAGCUGAUCGCGCUGGGGCGGACGAGCGUGUCGGAGGAUGUCGCGAAGCUAGUAUCGUUUUUGGCGAGUCCGGAUGCGGACUAUGUGACGGGGCAGACGAUGGUUGUGGAUGGCGGGAUCAUUUUCACCUGA